UCCUGGAGUAGACGCAGUUGAUCUCGAACGACACUUGGCACAACAGCUGUUUCUCACCAAUCGUCAGCAUUCGACUUGUUAUUUUCUGUUUGUCGAUACGAUUGAUGAAUCUUUCAUCACUUUCUACGUACUUGUUGCGCUAAUCUCUCUACGGCUAUAUAUUCCCAAGUUGUGACAAUUUAACUUCGACGAGCGCUUGCGCGUGCUAUCGAUUCAUUCAACUCCUCGGUUUAGACUGUGAGAUUUAUGGGAGAGCAGAGGCACAAUGGCGGAUGAAGGAAAACGAUUUUCUCGAGUUCUCUCGGUGCUCGCAAUAGUGAUACUUAAAGGUGUUAUAGCUAAUAUCAAUGAUAGAGGCUUCGACGAUGGAAGUAACUUCAACGGGUUCGAAGUUCCUUACCGACACUCUCACGAUCAGUUCUACGACGCACCGUUGCAUCCCGUUGAAAAUCGUUUCUGGCGAAAUCCCGAAAAUCUUGGCGAGGUUUCCGGAGUCGCGGUGGACUCGACAGGCAAUCUCGUGAUUUUUCAUCGCGGAGAUCGAUCGUGGAAUUAUGACACUUUUAACGAGGAUGGAGAGUAUCAAGAGAAAUAUAAAGGUCCCAUUCGUGAUAACACAGUAUUAACGUUGGAUUCGAAAACCGGCGAAAUUAUUCAUGGUUGGGGAAAUCAAACAUUUUAUUUACCGCAUGGAAUUCAUGUCGAUCCCUUUGGAAACAUAUGGCUGACUGAUAUUGCUCUCCAUCAAGUAUUCAAGUAUUCGGCUUCCGGCGUUCUUCAACUGGUUCUCGGUCAAAGAUUCGAGCCUGGAAGCGACAUAGGACAUUUCUGCCAACCAACCUCGGUCGCGGUUUUACCGAGUGGUGAGGUCGUUGUAGCUGACGGAUAUUGCAAUAACAGGCUACUAAUAUUUGAUAACAGAGGCAAACCCUUAUUUAUUACCGACGAAAGGUGGAUUAGCUUCAGAAUCCCGCAUGCCUUGACCAUUUUGCCAAAUAGACAAAUAUGUGUCGCUGAUCGCGAAAAUUGGAGAAUUGUGUGCUUGACGUUUACCGGAUUGAGUGAAAAUGUGGAACCUCUCUAUUCAAUCCGUCAUCGGCAAUUUGGCCGAAUAUUCGGAAUUGCGUCGUACCAUGGUUUUAUUUACGCUGUUAACGGUAUGACGGCUAGAAACAUACCGAUUGAAGGUUUCACCAUCGACCCCAUAAAACAGAAUGUAACCGGAUUUUGGGGUCCGGAAUCCUCAUAUUUCAAAACGCCCCACGCCAUCGCCGUGUGUCCGUACGGUAAAGCCCUUUACGUGUCAGAAAUCGGACCAAACAAAAUAUGGAAGUUCGACCUAGUGACCAAACCCUAACUAACGCGGAUAAGCAACCAGUAUGACAGCUGAAAUCUGUCGCCAUUUAUACAAUUCUGGAUAAAGGAAAGGAAAUGAAAUUUAUGAAAAUUAAGCAGUGAAAUACAAUAUACUCUUCCACUACCUCAUUAUAUUGCAAAGUAUGUAAAAAUGAUAGAAACAUAUUUUUCAUUCGCUCGUCUUCAAAUUUAACGUUUGUUGACUAAAAUUGUAAUAUCCCAAAAUAUUUGUCCGCUUCAAAGAACUGACGAGCGUUGCAAUUAUCAACGCUAUUCAUAUGUUACAUAUAUAUUUAGUACGUAUUAGCGUUUCCGCUUAUAUUUCAUUCGUAUUUCGUGAUAUUACGUACAUGAUAUAGCAGUAGCAGAUCUAAUCCAUCCUAUUUUUGUAAUAUGUAAAAAUUAAAAGAGGACUUUCGUAUUCUCUUUCAUCUCGGGAGCUUCUACAAAAAGAAUUGAGAAUAAAAACAGAGUAACAUUACGUUUCGGAAAU